AUGCCACCCAGAGUAACUCGCUCUUCAGCGAGACUCGCCGCUCCGGCCCACCCUACCACCGACCCCACUGCUGCCGGUACAUCCAUCAAUCCUACCGUACCUCCUCCGCCAUCAACCUCGACCACCUCAUCCUCCUCUCGCAAGCGCAAACUGUCUCAGGACGACCCACUGCCGCCUGCCUCUUCGGACACCGCCCAACCCCGCAGAUCCAAGAGAGCUCGUCUUUCCAACCCUUCCUCUGGCCAGACUCAGCCAUCCAAGCGCUCCAAGAACAUCACUCUCCCACAUCACCAGACGACCACGCCUCCACCAGCAAACGUAGGUCGUCCCGUAGAAAGAGCAGCCAAGCUCCUCAAUCUGGCCAAUCGUCUUCCUCGCGCAAGUCCUCCAAAAGUCCUCACACAAAAGGUCCCAGACUCCUCGUCAAGUCGCCCCGAGCCCGAACCACCACGUAUGCCCGUCGACCACGACGACGAUGAAGACGACCCGGAAGACAACGAUGAUGAUAGUGAGGGAAUAGACGAUGAUGACGACGAAGAUGCCGCUGCCGCGGCCGCUGCUCUUGGAUACUCUGGCGGCGAACCGGGUGACGAUCCUUUCUCUGGCGCCUUCCUUAACCGCGCAGGCAUGCCCGCUGGGAUAUCGAGUACUCUUCGCGCUCUCAGUGGUAUCAUGUCCGGUAUGACGACACGCCUGCGAGGUAUUCUGGAAAACCUUCGUGCAAAGGAUGACCCCUCGGUGCAAAUGGUUGCCCUCACUGAGCUCUCAGAAAUCUUGCUCGUCUCCAAUGAGGACAACCUCGCUGGCCACUUCUCUCCCGAUCAGUUCGUCAAGGAAUUGGUGGACCUCAUGCAGCCGAAUGACUUCACCGGUGAAGAGAAUCCUGAGAUGAUGCUGUUGGCUUGCAGAUGUAUCGCAAACUUGAUGGAGGCCCUGCCUCAGGCUACCGCGAGCGUCGUUUACGGCGGUGCUGUCCCUGUCCUAUGUCAAAAGCUUCUCGAAAUCCAUUACAUUGAUGUCGCCGAGCAAGCGCUUAGCACCUUGGAGAAGAUCUCGAUCGAGUUCCCCGCCUCUAUCGUUCGUGAGGGUGGUCUUACUGCCUGCCUGACCUACCUCGAUUUCUUCGCCACUAGCACUCAAAGAAGCGCCGUUACUACUGCCGCAAACUGCUGCAGAAACCUGUCUGAAGACUCGUUUCCCACUGUACGCGAUGUCAUGCCUAUUCUUCUCAACGUCCUGUCGAGUAGUGAUCAACGGGUCGUCGAACAAGGCUCGCUCUGUGUUUCUAGGAUCGUAGAGAGUUUCAGAUAUCAUGAGUCCAAGCUCGAAGAGCUGGUCAGUCCCGAACUGCUCAAGGCUGUACUCAGACUACUUCUACCUGGCACGACCACCAUGAUCGGACCCAGCAUUCAUACCCAGUUCUUGCGAGUCCUGUCCAUCACCGCGAGAGCAAGUCCUCGCUUGGCUGUUGAGCUGCUGCGCAUGAACGUUGUCGAUACUCUCUACCAAAUCCUUACAGGAGUCUCGCCACCUUCAAGCAACGAUGGUGUUGCCAUGAAGAUUGAUAAGAACAUCAUCAUGCAAGCUCUCAUUCGUACGCCACGCGACCAGAUCUUCGAAACUCUGAACGUUGUCUGCGAGAUCCUCCCAAGUGUUUCGCCCGACAACCUCAUGUUCAUCAACGACCUCACUGAUGCUGGCAAUGUUGGUCCCGGCAGUGUCUCAAUGGGCACUCGUGCUCGCAGCUCGCCCAAUGACAACCGCUUGGAACUCUUGCGAGAGUGUCAGCCUGAAGUCCGACGCUUUGCAGAGAUACUCUUCCCGACUCUGAUGCACGCAUACACCAGUACCGUCAACCUCAGCGUAAGGCAAAAAGUGCUCACUGCACAGCUUAAGAUGCUUUCCAAUUUCGACACCAGCGUGCUCGAAGAUGCUCUCUCAGGCGUGGCUUACGCUUCACAUCUCGCAUCAAUUCUGACACAGCAGGAGAAUCCGAUGCUCGUCACCUUUGCGUUGCAGAUCGCCGAACUUCUCCUCAAGCGUCUGGAGUCGACCUACAGACCUCAGUUCUAUCGUGAAGGUGUCAUGGCCGAGGUCAGCAAGCUUGCACAACGAGAACUGACCUCGACCAACUCAACUGAGUCUGGAAUCACCUCAGCACCGCCUGCCGAUGUACCUUCUUCUUUCUCUGCAGAGCUCCCAGUCAGACCAGAGCACGGUGGUGAAGAUGAUGGAGAGCACAGCGAGCCUGAUUAUCCUGACGAGGGGUCUGUUGGAGAGCACGAUGAUGACAACGAUGACCACGACGACGAUGAUGACGAUUCGGAAUCAGAGUCUGGAGCACAAAACUCGCGUACACCUCUUACUGCUAGCGUACAAGACGUGAUCACAUCCCGGGCUCGCAAGUUCGUUGAGGCUUACCAGAACGAUGGUGGGCUUGGUGAGGCUUCGAGAGCAUUGUCAGAGCUCAAGCGUCUUGCCGAAGACCUUCGCCAGUGUUACAACUCGAACAACCUGUCCGAUGGACCUGCAUUAUUCCAACGCCUCGCCAAGCACUUUGAUGGCGACACUCCCGAAACCAUCACAAGCUACGAGCUGCUUACCUCUGACAUUGUGUCAACCCUUCUCGAGAUCUUCAAGUCUUCAGACAGUAAUACAGGUCGCGCUGCGAGGUCAGUCUUCUUGGAUGCAUUUAUGUCACGAAGAGGCCAGGCAAUCGCAACUGGCAACACAGCUUCGCCAGCCACCGCAUUUAGUUCCUUGGUCCACAAACUACAAGAUUUGCUCAGCCGUACUGAGCACUUCGAGGUGAUCACUGUCCACCAGAAUGCCUCUGACAGCAGCAGGAGUGGCGCAGCAUCAAUGCUUGCCAAGCAGCUGCGUAUCAAACUAGAAGCCAACGAUGACUCCGGUAUCCCGAAGCCAUACAGAAACAUAAUGGUUUCGAUCCAUGCCAUCGCGACGUUCAGAGCUCUUGAUGACUAUCUUCGUCCACGCAUCAGCCUUGCGGAGAGAGCUGUACGCAGUCGUGAUGCAUUGACUAGCAGUCUCGCCGAAGCAGUUGCCCGUGGAGACGGAAAUGCUACAGAAGGAGCUUCGACCCCUCCUUCGAGCAAACGCACUCACACAAGAUCAUCUAAGCCUGAUAGCACUCCUCAGAACAGCGGUGACGCCACUAACCGUUUGCGUAGAUCUUCACGUAAAGUCACACAAAGGGACUCUGAUGCGGCUGAAGAUGAUCAACAACUUGAGUGCGCCGAUGAAGCUGCACUCUCCGACGAAGACGAGGAUGACGGAGAGGACCUCGACGCCAUUGUUGACGACUUUGACGACGAAGACCAGGACAUGGAGGAUGCGGAUCAAGAUACCUCGGCAGUCAACUUGGAAGUCGCUAACAGCGGCAAAGUAACUGCUCACAAGGAGGAUGGUACUCGCAUCAGUACCCCGCUACAAGGCUCACAGCAGUCUGCGACUUCUCGUACCUCCGCCUCUGCAAGACUUGCUGCAGCCCGAGAACUGCUCUCUACUCCCACUUCUCAGAGGCCCGCUGCUAAUGCUUCUGCAAUCCAACCUGUGUCCCAGGAUUGGCACAUCGAGUUCAGCGUCGAUGGACAGCUAUUGUCGAACGACACUACAAUCUAUCGCGCUGUUCACUUCAACCAGACACAUCCUGACGAGGUGUCGAGCCGUAACAUCUGGUCAAGGGUGCACACUAUUUCUUUCAGACGUGCUCCUGGUCCUCCUCCUGCCGAGCCUAGCACGCUGCAUUCAUCCUCUGAUGCAUCCACAGCUACCACGUCCGAACUUCCACCUUCGCUCAGUCAACAUCCCGCCACUGCUGCCAUUCUUCGUUUGAUGAGCACUCUGCAUGACAUGAAUGCUAAUCUGGAGGACAUCAUCGCUGAAGAGCAAAGCAAGGACACUCAGAUGAGCUCAGAGCCGUUGGCCCAGUUUGUCAACACCAAGUUGACCGCCAAGCUCAACCGUCAGCUCGAAGAGCCUCUCAUCGUGGCCAGCAACUGCCUUCCUACUUGGAGCGAGGAUCUCGCACGUUUGUAUCCUUUCCUGUUUCCAUUUGAGACCAGGCACUUCUUCCUUCAGUCAACAUCGUUCGGCUACUCACGAUCCAUGACUAGAUGGCAGAACGCUCAAUCUGAGAAUGAGUCCAGACGCCAUCGCGAUGAACGACCUUUCCUGGGUCGUCUACAGAGACAAAAGGUUCGCAUCUCUCGCAGUAGAAUUCUAGAAUCUGCCAUCAAAGUCAUGGAGCUUUACGGAUCAUCUCCGAGCAUUCUUGAGGUUGAAUACUUCGAAGAGGUCGGCACUGGCCUUGGCCCAACUCUUGAGUUCUAUUCGACCGUCUCUAAGGAAUUCUCGAAGAAGAAGAUCAAGCUCUGGCGAGAGAACGAGUCGAUCGCUGGUGAUGAUUAUGCGUUCGGCAUGCGCGGCUUGUUCCCUGCGCCAAUGAGCGAGGAACAGUCAAACGACGAGCAUGGCAAGAAGGUGCUGCACUUGUUCAAGAUGUUGGGCAAGUUUGUUGCACGCUCGAUGCUGGACUCGCGUAUCAUUGAUGUCUCUUUCAACCCCACUUUCUUCCGCAUUGGCGCUGGCAACUCCACAAUCAAGCCAUCUCUCGGUGCUGUUGCUUCGGUGGACAAGGACCUUGCCAAUUCUUUGAAGCCUCUGGUGCGCUGUGGCAGAGCAAAGCAGGACAUCCAAGAAGAUGAAGGACUUACAGCAGAGCAGAAGACACAAGCUAUCAAAGACAUCAGAAUCAAGGAUGCCUUUAUUGAGGACCUUGGUCUCGACUUUACGCUGCCUGGUUACCCCACUAUCGAGCUCCAGGCCAAGGGUGCUGAGGUUGAUGUGACAAUUGACAACGUCGAGCUAUAUGUUGAAAAGGUCAUCGACUUCACCCUCGGUCAAGGAGUACAGAAGCAGGUCGAGGCAUUCUGUGCCGGCUUUUCCCAGGUCUUCCCUUACUCGGCUCUCAACGCGUUCACACCUGAUGAGCUGGUGAUGCUCUUCGGUCGUGCAGAGGAAGACUGGUCCCUUGAAACACUUAUGGAUUCGAUCAAGGCCGACCAUGGCUUCAACCUUGACAGCGCAAGCGUCAAGAACCUUCUGCAGACCAUGUCAGAGUUCACUAUGCCUGAAAGACGCGAUUUCCUGCAAUUCGUUACUGGCAGUCCCAAGCUUCCUAUCGGAGGAUUCAAAUCAUUGACACCGAUGUUCACAGUGGUGUGCAAGCCCAAUGAGCCUCCACUCAUGCCUGACGACUACCUGCCGAGUGUUAUGACAUGUGUCAACUACCUGAAAAUGCCCAACUACAGCUCCCAAGAGACGCUGAGGGCCAAAUUGAGUGUUGCAAUUAAGGAGGGACAAGGAGCUUUCCACUUAUCGUAA